AUGGAAGUCACCUGGGGCGAAGCCGAGCGAACCCGCAUCAAAGCCGACAUCGAGCGCGCCGUCGCCAACCCCGCCGUUGCCCUCCCUGGCACCGACCCCCUCUACAUCGCGCGCCUUCUCCGCGACUGUGGGCACAUGCUCACGCGGACCGACGACAUCGCCAGCCAACUCCACGACACAUCCCAAUGCCACGGACUGCGCUCAAAGGGGGCCUCCCGACCUCCCAAGGUCGUCCCCAUCGAGCAGAACGGCACCAUCAUCCAAAACCUGCACUACAUCCGAGUCUGCAUGGGCGUGAUCUUUGCGCGCGACCUGCACAAGCUCUCCAAUCUGCGGGUGGUGCUGGUGGAGCUGGAGGUGAUCAUACCGGCGCUGAGGGGCAUCUACCAGCAGUGGGCGCAGGUGCUGAGGGCGCAUGAGGAUCGCAUUCAGGGGGAUUAUGACGACUUUGCGGAGUGGGUGACGAUGGCGGCGAAUAAGAUGGGGUGUGUGGUGAGCCUGUACAUCUAUGGGAAUAGGGAGGAUAAUGUGUCUGCCAUUGGGGUGAGACGUCCGGGUGCGGAUUAUGAGGUUAGUCGGAUGUUCGGAUUGUUGAUGUUUUUGUUCUUCGUUAAUCUGGUGAAUAGGAAUACUGAAGCACUCCCGAUGGUUACUUGA